AUGAAGGCCAUUCAUGUUGAAAAGUUUGUUACAAACAUUGCAGGCCUCAGGCCUUGCUCCAUUCCCAGUCCAGAACGUAAACACUCAGAGAAAAUCCACAUAAAGACCACGCAUUCAGCGGUAACGCAUGUCGAUCUUCUUUAUGCCCAAGGUCUACAUCAGAAUAACCGACGUCAUGUUAAGCCUCCAUUUGUGCUGGGCACCGAAUUCUCGGGUAUUGUCAUAUCCAGUCCUUCAGAAUCAUCUUUCAAGCCUGGUGCCCGCGUAUUUGGAGGCGGGCUAGGUGCUUAUGCUGAAGAAAUCUGGGCCUCUGAAGGAGCGAUACGCCGUGUACCGGAGCAAUGGACGAAUGCCGAGGCAUGUGCGGUGGGUAGUAGCGGAGCAGUAAGCUACGGCGCAUUGCUUGACGUUUGCAAAGUCAAAGCUGGGGAGACUGUACUCGUGUUGGGUGCGAGUGGGGGUCUCGGGGUCAUGGCGGUACAGAUUGCAAAAGCUAUUGGCGCAAAGGUUAUUGCUGUGGUUGGUGACGAAGAGAAAGCUGCCAUGGCCAGAAGUAUUGGUGCGGAUGCUGUUGUUGACUACCACGAUGAGAAGUGGGAAGACCGUGUCAAGCAACUAACAAAAGACGGAGAGGGCGUAGAUGUAGUGUACGAUGGCAUUGGCGCUGUGGAGAGUGGAGUCAAAUGUCUGAAGUACCGCGGCCGUCUGGUGAUUGUGGGGUUUGCAGCAAGGAACGGAAACAUUGAGAACAUCCGUGCAAAUCGCAUCCUUCUCAAGUCAAUAGCGGUGUAUGGCUAUCGAUUUGGCGAAGACGGGCGACGGGAUCCACAGAGGACAAAGGAUGUAUGGGAUGGCUUCGUGCGCUUAGUUGAUGCAGGAAGUAUAAAACCGGUAGUUUACAAAGAGAACUAUCAUGGUUUGGAAGCAGUUGGUAGGGCGCUGGAGGAUGUGAGGGCACACAGGGCUUGGGGGAGAGCAGUGGUGAGAGUAUGUGAGCACGAUGACAAGGCGAGGUUGUAA